AUGCAGCUGACACAGUUCAUCGUGAGCUUGGCAUUUCUUCAGGCUGCAAGGGGAAUCCCUGCUCCUGAUGGCGACCUGCAGAAACUCUUACAGAUACCAGCAGGUAAUCCCGCCAGAACGUUCGGCCAACAGCCUAUUGCUGGAAACCACCCACCUUUCUCUCCAGGUCAUCGUGACCCCUAUGAUCACAAGGUUGAUUCUAUCGGAGAUGAGCGACAACCAUUGCCAUUCCGUAACGGUGAUGGCACUACGGUAAUGGGCCCGCGCAACCCAGAUCGCGAACGUCAGAACCCCGAUCUCGUCCGCCCACCGAGUACCGAUCAUGGUACCAUGGCUAAUAUGCGAUGGAGUUUCGCUGACUCUCAUAUCCGUAUCGAGGAAGGAGGAUGGACGCGACAAACUACUGUCCGCGAACUACCUACCAGCCGGGAACUCGCUGGUGUUAACAUGCGUCUAGACCAAGGCGUGAUUCGCGAAUUGCACUGGCAUACAGAGGCCGAAUGGGCAUAUGUCCUUGCCGGAAAAGUGCGAGUGACAGCGCUAGACACGGAAGGUGGCAGUUUCAUGGAUGACUUGGAAGCAGGCGAUCUGUGGUACUUCCCUGCUGGACAUCCUCACUCGCUCCAAGGCCUGGGUGAAAAUGGCACGGAAUUCCUCCUGAUUUUCGAUGACGGAAAUUUCUCCGAAGAGUCUACAUUCGUUCUGACUGAUUGGUUGGCUCAUACUCCCAAGGCAGUCCUUGCGGAGAAUUUCCGCAUGUCGCCCCAAAAGUUCGACAAUAUCCCGGCUUCAGAGAAGUACAUUUUCCAAGGCUCAACUCCAGGAAGUAUCGAACAAGAAAAGCCGCGUACAUUCAAAAAGUCGAAGAUCAACUUCACGCAUCACAUGCUCGCUCAAGAGCCCCUUGAAACGAGCGGCGGACGAGUCCGAAUCACCGAUUCCACCAACUUCCCAAUUUCCAAAUCCGUAGCCGCCGCCCAUUUGGAGAUCGCGCCCGGGGCGCUCCGUGAGAUGCACUGGCACCCAAAUGCCGACGAAUGGACCUACUUCAUGAAAGGCCGUGCCAGAGUAACCAUCUUUGCAGCCGAAGGAAACGCCAGAACAUUUAACUACAUGGCUGGUGACGUCGGCAUUGUUCCUCGUAAUAUGGGGCACUUCGUCGAGAACCUCAGUGAUGAUGAGCCGCUGGAAAUGUUGGAAAUCUUCCGCGCUGAUCGUUUCCAGGACUUCUCUCUCUUCCAAUGGCUUGGUAGUACACCACGUCGCAUGAUCGCUGAUAAUAUCUUCCCGAAUGACCCGAAGGCGGCGGAAGAAUUUUUGAAAAAGAUUGAAGGUGCCGAGAAGGAUCCUAUCAGAGACGUCAUCUAG